GCAGUUACUAGUUUUAUUUCGAACCGGAAGUUACGCUCUUCGCACAGACAACACUUCUAUAAAGAUCGGUUGGGUUUUACCCACAGACAACUCUCACUAUCAUCCACAUCUCAUUGAGCAGCCAGCAUCGUUUUGUCUUCUUAAUACGGAAACAGCUGAGUACCUUUGGGGAAGCCCACCCCCCGAGUGGUCACCAUGGGGGACGAUAGCGAGUGGAUGAAGCUUCCCAUCGACCAGAAGUGUGAACACAAGGUGUGGAAAGCGCGUCUGAAUGGUUAUGAAGAAGCUCUGAAGUUGUUCCAGAGGAUUGAAGAUGAGAAGAGUCCAGAGUGGGGAAAGUACCUGGGACUGAUAAAGAAAUUUGUAACUGACUCUAAUGCUGUGGCUCAGCUUAAGGGCCUGGAGGCUGCCCUGGCCUUCAUUGAGAAUGCCCAUGCAGCUGGCAAGACAACAGGUGAGGUGGUAUCGGGUGUGGUGACCAAAGUGUUCAACCAGCCAAAGGCCCGAGCUAAGGAGCUGGGCACAGACAUCUGUCUGAUGUUUAUUGAGAUAGAGAAGGCUGAGGUGGUUCAAGAUGAGCUCCUCAAAGGCCUGGACAACAAGAACCCCAAGAUAGUGGUGGCCUGCAUUGAGACGCUCAGGAAGGCUCUCAGUGAGUUUGGAUCUAAGAUCGUGACGUUGAAGCCUGUAGUGAAGGUUUUGCCCAAGCAGUUUGAGUCCAGAGAGAAGGCGGUGAGAGACGAAGCCAAGCUUCUUGCUGUUGAGAUCUACAAAUGGAUCAGAGAUGCUCUGAGACCUCCACUGCAAAACAUUAACUCUGUACAGCUGAAGGAGCUUGAGGAGGAGUGGGUGAAGUUGCCUUCAUCUCCUCCCAAGCAAACCCGUUUCCUGCGCUCACAGCAGGAUCUGAGGGCAAAGUUUGAACAGCAACAAGCUCAAGGAGGAGAUCAAUCAGAUGGAGAGGAUGAGGGGGAAACGGCAGCAGCAGCAGUGGAUCCUUAUGAACUGCUGGAAGCUGUGGAGAUUCUGUCCAAGAUCCCCAAAGACUUCUAUGAGAAAAUAGAGGCUAAAAAGUGGCAGGAGAGGAAAGAAGCUCUGGAAGCUAUAGAGGCUCUGACCAAGAACCCCAAACUAGAGAAUGGAGACUAUGGAGACCUUGUCAGAGCACUGAAGAAGGUUGUGGGGAAAGAUGCCAAUGUCAUGCUGGUGUCAGUGGCAGCUAAAUGUCUGGCUGGACUGGCCACUGGUCUCAGGAAGAAGUUUGGGACAUAUGCAGGACAAGUGGUUCCAACCAUUCUGGAGAAGUUCAAGGAGAAGAAACCUCAGGUUGUUCAGUCCCUGCAGGAGGCCAUUGAUGCCAUCUUCUUAACUACCACUCUUCAGAACCUGUCAGAGGACAUCCUAGCUGUGAUGGACAAUAAGAACCCUUCCAUUAAGCAGCAGGCCUCCCUGUUUCUGGCUCGCUCCUUUAGACACUGUACACAGGCCACACUGCCUAAGAGUGUCCUCAAACCCCUUUGUGCUGCUCUCAUCAAGCAAGUGAAUGACUCUGCUCCAGAGGUGCGUGAUGCUGCUUUUGAAGCUUUGGGGACGGCCAUGAAAGUGGUGGGAGAGAAAGCUGUGAACCCGUUCCUGGCUGACUUGGAUAAACUCAAACUGGAUAAGAUAAAGGAAUGUGCUGAUAAAGUGGAGCUUCCUGGAGGGAAGAAGGGUGCAGGAGGAGGUAGUGGUGGUGGCGGUGGCGGCGGGGAGAAGAAGCCAGCAUCAAAAGCUCCUGCUGCUGCUGAAGCUCCACCCAAAUCUUCUGCACCACCCAGGAAAACCCAAGCUGCAGCCAGCAAGCCGUCAGCAGGUCCGCCUAAGAAGGGCAAACCAGCCUCUGCAGCUGGUGGAAAACCCAAGAAGACUUCUGACAGUAAAGAUUUCACAGAGAGUGAACUGUCUGCUGAGGUGUGUGAGGACUUGGCAGCAGGUGUACUGCCUGCUUCCUGUCUACAGCAGCUGGACUCGGCCAACUGGAAGGAAAGACUGGCUAGUAUGGAGGAGUUCCAGAGGGCUGUUGAAACCAUGGAUGCCACCACGAUGCCUUGCCAGGCCUUGGUCAAGAUGUUGGCCAAGAAACCAGGCUGGAAAGAGACCAACUUCCAGGUGAUGCAGAUGAAGCUGCACAUAGUGGCUCUUAUAGCUCAGAGAGGACAGUUUUCAAAGACGUCUGCCUCCGUGGUUUUGGAUGGAUUGGUGGAUAAAGUUGGAGACGUCAAAUGUGGUGGAAAUGCCAAAGAGGGACUGACUGCUAUUGGAGUGGCCUGCUCACUGCCAUGGACUGCAGAACAGGUUGUGUCUAUGGCAUUUGCACAGAAGAACCCCAAAAACCAGGCAGAGACUCUCAACUGGCUGGCUAAUGCCAUGAAGGAGUUUGGCUUUGCUGGUAUCAAUGUGAAGGGUUUCAUCAACAACGUGAAGACAGCCCUGGGAGCAACUAAUCCUGCUGUUCGGACAGCUGCCAUAACCCUACUGGGAGUCAUGUACCUCUACAUGGGCGCUCCGCUACGCAUGUUCUUUGAAGACGAGAAGCCCGCGCUCCUCUCGCAGAUAGAUGCUGAGUUUGAGAAGAUGCAGGGUCAGUCUCCACCCGCUCCAAUCCGAUUCACCAAGAAGGCGGCGGCAGAGGAGGAGGGUGAUGAAGGAGAGGAGCCGGAAGAAGAUGGAGGUGGACAGGACAUCAUGGACCUGCUUCCCAGAACAGAUAUCAGUGACAAGAUCACAUCUGAGCUGGUGUCUAAAAUUGAGGAUAAGAACUGGAAGAUCCGGAAGGAGGGUCUAGAUGAGACUGCCGCCAUCAUCUCGGAGGCCAAGUUCAUCACAGCCAACAUCGGAGAGCUGCCUCUGGCCCUGAAGGGACGGCUUGGUGAUUCCAACAAGAUUCUGGUCCAACAGACCCUGACCAUCCUGCAGCAGCUGGCCGUAGCCAUGGGACCUGGACUCAAGCAGCAUGUUAAAGCACUGGGAAUCCCUGCUAUCACUGUACUGGGAGACAGCAAGGCCAAUGUAAGGAUGGCGGCCUUGAGCACCCUGCAGGCCUGGGUGGAACACACUGGGAUGAAGGAGUGGCUGGAAGGAGAAGACCUGUCAGAGGAACUGAAGAGAGAAAAUCCCUUCCUUCGACAAGAGGUGCUAGGCUGGUUAGCAGAGAAGCUGCCCACCCUGAGGACGGUACCCGGGGAUCUGAUGCUGUGUGUCCCUCAGCUCUACGCCUGCCUGGAAGACAGAAAUGGAGACGUGAGGAAGAAAGCUCAGGAUGCCUUGCCCACAUUCAUGAUGCACCUGGGCUACGACAAGAUGUGCAAGGCUACUGGGAAACUCAAACCUGCCUCUAAGGAUCAGGUGGUAGCCAUGUUAGAAAAAGCCAGGGCAGUGAUGCCAGCUAAACCUGCAGCCCCUGCCAAAGCAGGAGGGGGCAAAGGCUCUGCAGAGCCUAGCAGAACUGCUUCAGCUUCCAGGUCUCAGCCGGUUAGUGAGGACUUGGAGGGUAAACCUGAAGUGAAGAAGGUCCGAGGAGGAGUGGCUGCUAAGAAGCCUCCCUCCCCUCCCGAGGAACCUGUCCCUCCCCCUCCCUCCAAGGACAAGGACAGUAAUGCUAGUAAAAAGCCUCCCGGCAAAGGGAAGGCUGCUGCUGGCAGUCAACAGGGUGCUGCUGGUAAGAAGCCUGUAGCCAAAAGCCUGAAGGAUGAGGAAGAUAAGUCUGGACCGAUCUUCAUCCUCAUCCCCAAUGCUAAGGAACAGAGGAUCAAAGAGGAGAAACAGCUGAAGAUUUUGAAGUGGAACUUCAUCACUCCUCGAGAUGAGUACGUGGAGCAGCUGAAAGCUCAGAUGUCCACCUGCUUUGCUAAGUGGCUGCAGGAUGAGCUCUUUCACUUUGACUUCCAGAGACACGUCAAGGCUAUUGGAGUUAUGAUUGAGAGGUUGGAGAGUGAGAGCGAUGCCACCAUCAGCUGUCUGGACCUGAUUCUGAAAUGGUUCACUCUGCGUUUCUUUGACACCAACACCACUGUCCUGAUGAAGGUGUUGGAGUAUCUAAAGCUACUGUUUGCCAUGCUGAACAGAGAGAACUAUCACCUGACUGAAUACGAGGCCAACUCCUUUGUUCCUUACCUCAUACUCAAGGUUGGAGAGUCAAAAGAUGUGGUUCGCAAAGAUGUUCGGGCCAUACUGGCCAUGCUGUGUAAAGUGUACCCAGCAUCCAAGGUCUUUCCUUUCCUUAUGGAUGGAACUAAGUCCAAGAACUCCAAACAGAGAGCUGAAUGUCUGGAAGAGUUGGGUUGUUUGAUAGAAGGCUAUGGGAUGAAUGUAUGCCAGCCGACACCUGCGAAGUCUCUGAAGGAGAUUGCUGUCCACAUAGGUGACAGAGACACAUCUGUCCGCAAUGCCGCCCUAAACACCGUGGUGGCUGUGUACAACGUCUGUGGGGAACAGGUCUACAAACUAAUUGGAAAUUUGUCAGAGAAGGACAUGAGCAUGCUGGAGGAGAGAAUCAAGCGUUCAGCCAAGAAGACUCCUGCAGCUCCUGCCAAACAGAGUGCGACAGAGAGGUCUCAAAGAGAGCACCCUACGAACCCCAACGCCACUUUCCUCCGCAAGCCUGCACAGGAAGACCCCAACAAACUCAACCAAGCCCGUCAGAACGCCCAACUCAGCGAGUCCUCACACCCAUCCAUCCCCAAGGAGUUCCAGUUGGACCUGGAUAUGAUUGAGAUGGACCAGAGCAGGGUGUGUGAGCUGCCGGAUCUCGUCCAACACAAGCUCGACGAGCUGCUGGAGCCCAUCAUGAUCCCCGAACCCAAGAUGCGUUCUGUCUCUCCACACUUUGAUGACCUGCACAACAGCACGGCCUCUACCAUCAACUUUGUCAUCUCUCAGGUUGCUAGUGGUGACAUUAACACCAGCAUACAGGCACUGGCACAGAUCGACGAGGUGUUGCGGCAGGAGGACAAAGCGGAAGUCAUGUCAGGACACAUUGAUCAGUUCCUCAUCGCUACCUUCAUGCAGCUGAGGCUAAUCUACAGCACACACAUGGCUGAUGACCGACUGGACAAGAAGGACAUCAUCAAACUGUACAGCUGCAUCAUAGGAAACAUGCUGUCUUUGUUCUCUAUGGAGUCCCUGGCCAGAGAGGCGUCUAUGGGUGUGUUGAAGGACCUUAUGCAUGGUCUGAUAACACUGAUGCUGGAUGGCAGAGUGGAGGACAUAGAAGACGGACAGCAGCUCAUCAGAUCCGUCAACCUGCUGGUAAUUCGAGUUCUGGAGAAGUCUGACCAGACCAACAUGAUCAGUGCUCUGCUGGUUUUGCUUCAGGACAGUUUAGUCACGACAGCAGGUCCCCCCAUGUUCUCUGAACUGGUCAUGAAGUGUCUGUGGAGGAUGAUCCGCUUCCUCCCAGAGACCAUCAACAAUAUCAACCUCGAUCGGAUCUUACUGGACGUCCACAACUUCAUGAAGGUUUUCCCCAAAGAGAAACUCAAACAGCUCAAGAGUGACGUCCCACACAGAACCCUCAAGACUCUGUUGCACACACUCUGCAAGCUCACCGGGGCCAAGAUCCUUGACCACCUAUCAAUGAUAGAGAAUCGCAAUGAGUCGGAGUUGGAGGCCCACCUGAGGAGGGUGGUCAAACACUCCGGAAACCUGUCAGGACUCAAGAGCGACCGUGGCAGUGAGAAGACCGGUCUGCGCACGGAGGAUCGGAUGUCAAAGGCCAAGGUCAGUGAUAUUUUGUCUGAAAUCUUUAAGAAGAUUGGCUCCAAAGAGAAUACUAAAGAGGGUUUGACGGAGUUGUACGAGUACAAACAGAAGUACUCGGACGCAGACCUGGAGCCUUUCCUCAAAAACACGUCCCAGUUCUUCCAGAGCUACGUGGAGCGAGGCCUCCGUGUGAUCGAGUCCGAGAGAGAGGGCAAGGCUCGCAUCCAGACCUCAGCAGUGAUCCCUCAGCAUGGUGUGGACUCCGGUCUGAGCAGUAACAACGAGGAGCUGAAACCAGCUGUUUACUAUGAGAGACUCAAGAUCCUCCGACAGAGACAAGGCCUGGAAAACACCUCCAGGCAGGUUGUCGGAGGAAGCGAGGAUGAGCCUCAGCAGCGACCUCCCAUCUCCUCCCUGCUGUCCUCAAAGCCAUCGGUAGCCUCGUCCACCGACAUGCUCCACAGCAAGCUGUCUCAGCUCAAAGAGUCCAGAGAGCUGUACCAACAGGAACACAACGCACACUCGCACUCCCCAACGCAUGCACACACCCGCUCGGCUUCACCGGCAGCCAACCUGGACGACCUGAAGAAACGUCUGGAGAGAAUAAAGAGCAACCGGCAGUAAGGAGCACCUCGACAGCAUCUCAUCUUUUCAGCAAAGCCUGUGGCGUUCGGCUGGUAGAAAAUAAAUUUAACUCAAUCUGUGUUUUUAUUAAUGUUCUGCUAGAUGGAAAUAGAAAGCACUUUGACACUAAAGUCCACCCCUCUGUAUCGACAAACCAGGUAGCAACAGACAAAUUCUCCUCCAAGUUUCAACCUGACUUCACCCACUGUGCCUGUAAGAUAUAAGAAAUCAAAUGCGCCCCACUCUGAUUGUAGCUGAGUACAUUCAGAUCGAACCAAGGCUGUGACUUAAGAUUUUUAGCCUCUGCAGAAACCAUCAAAGUAUUUUUAGCUAGUGUUCCAACUACCGUAGUCAGAAAGAUGUUUGGGUUUGGAGCCGUCGAUCAUCAGGACAAAACAGAUUGAAGUGCUGAGUCCGGGGUCUAGGAAUGAGUUUUCAUGUUGUGGGUGUAGGAUUCACAUAGUGAGCUGUUGUUCUCAGUCUGUACAGUUUCAUCUAGAUGAAUAAACUGUCACCACCCACCCUCCUGUCCUGUCCCACCCCGCCCCGCCCUCCGCUCUCCUGUGUACACUUUUCACUGUAUUAUAAUUAUAAAAUAGUGAACUUACCCUCCUCCUCCUCUGUUUAGUAUCAUGGCACAAGAUGUUCAUGUACAUAUUUAAAGGUAGUUAACAACUUUACUGUUAAGAAGCGCUCCUCACGUGGUUACAGGAUGAAAAAAAAAAAAAAACAAAUGUCAAGAAACAUUCAUGUUUGACCCUGAAUGACCACAUCAUUGCUGCUGCUGUGUUUGAAUGGAGAAGCACUGCUGUAAAGAGCUGAAGUCAGAUUAGUGGCUGUCUGAAUGCAGCGUGCGACCGUCCCGUUGUGGCUGAACACUGUCAUAGUAUGCGUUUGUAAUUCUCACUGAUGUCAGCUGAAGUCCUGUUUGUACUGGGGACAUCAAGUGAUGGACGUUUACAUCAGCAAAGGAAGAAAAAAAAAAUCCACGUUAGUGAUUCUUAGUGAAUAGUUGAUGUCUCUCUGAGAAUAGCACAGUGCAAAUAGGCUUUAAAGCUGCCUGCAUUUACUUUAAUGUCUGAUUUUUAUCAUUUUCAGACAUUUUUGCCUCAACAAUAGGGCCACGAAAUAAGUUGAACUGCAUUUACACAGUGACAUCAAGCCCUUUGUCUUUUGUUUACCUCUGAUGGGGUCAAACUGUUGAAGGAAGUUUUAUGUUUCUACAUACACAGUGAAACGAUCUUUGUUUUUUUUUUAUUCUGAAAGUGUUUUGUGGCCUUCUGGUAAGCCACAGUGGUUUUUGGUCCUCUUCAAGUUUUCAGUUUUUUUUUUUUUCCUCCAAUCAAAUAAAACCCUGCAGACUUCAGGUGAGACAUGGUUAUAAAGUACUGCUUUUAGUCUGGAGGUGAGAAGUGGCACAAUUUAUCCCAUCCUGAUGUUGCUGGUCUGGACGGAGAAUGUGUCCCCCUCAUUCAGGACUUGGAACCAAGCAGAGCGGUGAACAGCUGUGUUUUGUGUCGGAUUGUGCUGUGGGUUGGCUGUAAAUACUGUAUGUAAUGUUAACACCUUCCUUCAGUUAUUUAACAGCAGCCACUCUGUUGUGUUUGUAGGCUUAACAAGCAUGGCAUGAAGUCUGUGUUUUUUUUUUGUUUGUUUGUUUGUUUUGCCCUCAUGUAAAUAAAGUUUACAUUAAUAAAUCUGAUGUUUUAAUGAAGUCAUUGUUUUUCUGAUGAAAACAAUGAGGAGGAUGAUUGCAUCCUGUCACUAUCACUCAUCUGCUCUGUAGCCGAAUGUUGACUAAGACAAACAUAAAACGUUGUUUUUGUAUUUAAUUCAAAUGUCAGUACUAGUCUUGGAUAGUUUCUCUCCAGCUUUCCUUCCAUAUAAUCCAUAGUGGAAAAUGGCAAUAAAGUCUUGUUUUUUUUUUAACAAUC